AUCCAUUCUCCAUUAAUCACUCCUAGAAUCCCUAGGGUUUUCUUCUACCUUCUUCCGACAAUCACACUCACCAAAAGGUACAAUCAGAGAAGAGAUUACAAAGGGAAGAAGAUGAGUUACGAGGGUAACAGAGAUGCCGUCGCCGUCGCAAUCGAUGAAAACAACAACAACGAGAACUACAUAGCUCUGGCUAGCUCUCUUGGUGGCGAGGACGGUCACGAAGACUCCAAGUCUCGACAGGAGUCUCAUGAUCUUGAAAAGGAUUCUUCAAGAAGCAGGGAGAAAGACAAGGGAAGGAGACGUGAUAAAGAUGGGGACAAGGAUCGUGAUAGCCAUCGUGAGAAGGACCGUGAAAGGGAGAAAAGCAGAGAUAGAGAUAGGGAAAGAAGUAAGGAUAGGGAACGAGACCGCCAUCGUAGGGAUCGUCAUAGGGACCGUAGCAGAGAACGAAGUGAGAAAAGGGAACGUGAUAGAGAUGAUGUGGAUGAUGAUGAUCAUUACAGAAGUCGAGACCGUGACAGGAGGAGGUCUCGCGAUCGUGACAGAGAGGAGAGGCACAGGCGACGGUCACGCUCUCGUUCAAGGAGCCGCUCUGAACGUAGGUCAAGGUCAGAACAUAGGCAUAGGUCUGAACAUAGAUCACGUUCGCGUUCACGUUCACGGUCAAAGAGCAAGAGGGUGAGUGGAUUCGAUAUGGCGCCUCCUGCUUCUGCAAUGUUAGCUGCUGCCGCCGUUGCUGCAGCAGGUCAGGUUCCUAGUGUGCCAACUACUGCUACUAUUCCGGGAAUGUUCCCCAGCAUGUUCCCAAUGGUUCCUGGUCAGCAAUUGGGCGCGCUUCCUGUAAUGCCAGUUCAGGCAAUGACGCAGCAGGCAACUAGGCAUGCUCGGCGAGUGUAUGUUGGUGGCCUUCCACCAUCUGCAAAUGAACAGUCGGUGGCAACAUUCUUUAGCCAAGUGAUGUCGGCCAUUGGGGGAAACACUGCUGGGCCAGGUGAUGCGGUGGUCAAUGUUUAUAUAAACCAUGAAAAGAAGUUCGCUUUUGUAGAAAUGAGAUCUGUUGAGGAGGCAAGUAACGCAAUGGCAUUAGACGGCAUUAUAUUAGAGGGAGUUCCUGUUAAGGUGAGGAGGCCAACUGACUAUAACCCGUCCCUUGCUGCAACUCUUGGUCCGAGCCAGCCUAAUCCCAAUCUCAACUUGGCUGCUGUUGGAUUAUCUACGGGGUCUACUGGUGGGCUCGAGGGUCCUGACCGCAUUUUUGUGGGCGGGCUUCCUUAUUACUUCACAGAGGAACAGAUCAGGGAGCUCUUGGAGUCUUUUGGUCCCCUAAGAGGUUUCAACUUGGUUAAAGACAGGGAAACUGGAAAUUCCAAGGGGUAUGCGUUCUGUGUUUUCCAAGAUCCUUCGGUAACCGAUAUCGCAUGUGCCGCCCUGAACGGGAUUAAGAUGGGCGAUAAGACACUUACAGUUAGGCGUGCCAUCCAGGGUGCAAUUCAACCUAAACCUGAGCAAGAAGAAGUGUUACUUCAUGCCCAACAACAGAUUGCAUUGCAGAGGCUUAUGCUGCAACCUGGACUAGGAGGCACACCCACCAAGAUUGUCUGCUUGACUCAAGUGGUUACAGCUGAUGAUCUUGGUGACGAUGAAGAAUAUGAAGACAUAAUGGAGGACAUGAGACAAGAAGGUGGAAAAUUCGGUAACUUGGUGAAUGUUGUGAUUCCAAGACCUAAUCCGGAUCAUGAUCCAACACCAGGAGUUGGAAAGGUUUUCUUAGAGUAUGCUGAUGUGGAUGGGGCAGCAAAGGCUAGGUCGGGGAUGAACGGAAGAAAGUUUGGAGGAAACCCAGUGGUGGCUGUGUAUUACGCCGAGAACAAGUAUGCACAAGGCGACUACGAAGGCUGAUAUCUUUCUUUACUUUGAAAAAGUUUGGAUCUUUUUGUUUCUCUUGUUACAUGUUUAGGUCUCUCUUUACUAAAUGGAGAUAUUUGUUUGUCUAGAUAAUGACUGCAAUAGUAUCAAUGGAGUAUUGUCUAGGCACAAUCAAUGUUUGUGUUGGAUAAUUAUAGUUUUGGUUUUCAUUAAAACACCAUUGAGUUAA